AUGUGUUGCACUGACUGUCCAUCCUCUUCGCCCUGGCACCCCCGCGCCAGACCCGACGGCUUCACCCUCGGCGAGCAGCGCAGUCCGCCUCCCCCUCCAAGCCCGGUCCCGCCUCCGCCGGCCCUCGACGGAACGCUCGCCGCCGCGUGCUCGGACGCCUGUCCGCAUGCACGCGACGGCGAGUGUGACGACGGAGGCGACGGCUCGCUCUAUAUGGCUUGCGCCCACGGCACCGACUGUAUGGAUUGCGGCGAGCGCCCCCACGCCUCGCCUCCACCUUCGACCCCAGCCUCGCCCUCGGCGGCGUCGGGGCUUCCGGCCUCCGAGUGCACCGACUCGUGCUUUCACUCCAACGACGGCGAGUGUGACGACGGAGGGCACGGCGCCCUCUACAGCGCCUGCGACCACGGCAGCGACUGUGCCGACUGCGGCCACCGCUUCCCAUCUGCUCCGCCUCCUGCCUCGCCGCCUCCCGCGGCGACCACGUCGGCUCCGCCCUCCGAGUGCACCGACUCUUGCUUCCACGCUCGCGACG